AUGUUUUAUUUUGAAGGAAGAACUCAUCGUGAUGCCAUUGUUUGUUUAAUUUUAAUUAUUAUAAUUUGGGGCAUAUUAUCACUCAGCAUUGAACGACCGAUUCAAUUAUUAUCAUCAACAAAACAUUCUAGUUCACGUGACUUUUUCUUUUCAUCUUUAUGUGGUCGACUUAUUCGUCAGGAUAAAACUGUACUUUCAGUUGAAAUUGAUCGACUCGACAGUGAAUUACGAAGAAAACAGCAACUUACAUACAAUGAUACAUAUAUUGCAUACGAUUGUUCAACUAAAACUAUCUUUCCUAAAUAUAAAAUAACAGAAGAAGAGAAACAGUAUCCCAUUGCCUUCACCAUUCUCAUGUACGAUAAUCUUUUUCAAUUUGAACAAUUAUUAAAAACAAUUUAUCGUCCACACAAUUUCUAUUGUAUUCAUAUUGAUCUUAAAACAUCGCACAUAAUUUACAAGAAUGUUAAAAUUUUUACGAAAUGUUUAAAAAAUGUUUAUUUAUCACCUGUUCGUUAUAAUGUAACAUGGGGCCGUUAUUCCGUAUUAGAAGCAGAACAAGAAUGUCAACAAUAUUUAUUAAAAUUUCCACAAUGGAAUUAUUAUUUGAAUUUAGCUGGUAGUGAUUUUCCAUUGAAAACUAAUUUAGAAUUAGUUCAAAUAUUAAAAUUAUUAAAUAAUCAAAAUGAUGUUACGUCAAUGCCCUAUGGUCAACUAAAACAAAAUCAAAAAAAAAAUAAUCGUCAGCUACAAAAAAUACCACCAUUUAGAAUGAUCAUAUACAAAGGUGAAUUUCAUGUAACAUUGUCUCGUAAAUUUGUUGAAUUUGUACAUAGUUCAUCUAUGGUAAGAGAAUAUUAUUUAUGGUUAAACAAUACUUAUGUGCCUGAUGAACAUUUUUAUUCAACCAUAAAUCGAUUAAAACAGGCACCUGGCCAUUACACAUAUGACUGGGAUAUAGAACAAUAUAUUAGUCGUUAUAAAAUAUGGGGUGAUCGACCAAAUAAAGAACUUUGUCAAGGAAAAUAUGUACGUGGUAUUUGUGUUUUUAAUUGGAAAGAUUUAUGGCAUGUAUCAACCGGUCCACAAUUAUUUGUAAAUAAAUUUUCUUCCGAUUACGAUCCUAUUGGUCUCUAUUGUCUAGAAAAAUAUUUACAAGCAAGAAUCGAUGAUCAAACAUCAAUUACAGAAGAAUAUUAUUAUAAAAGUUUAAAUACAGUGAAAUAUUCGAAACAUCAAAGUUGA